AAGCUCUCCAGGCGCGCACGCACGAACAUACGCAUGGAAAUGUAAGUCGUACUCAACAUAUUUCCAGAAGGAUUAUAUCUUUAAACAUAGAGACGAGUACGGAAAAGCAUUGAAACUUUUAUUCGUGAUGCCACUGUGACUCGGUUCACAGUCUAGAAGAUCUUUCAUAACACAGUAUCACUGAUUGCUGUCUGUUAAACAUAGACUGAAAUGAGAACGGCAGAGGAAUCAUCAGGAACGGUGCUGCACCGACUGAUUCAAGAGCAGCUUCGUUAUGGAAACCCUACCGAUCCUACUCUGUUAGCCAUCCAGCAGCAGGCUCUGCGUGGAGGCAGCAGCGGUGGAGGUGCAGGAAGCCCUCGUUCAUCCUUGGAAAGCCUAACACAAGAGGAAUCACUUUCUCCCCAGUUGUCCGCCCGGCAAGAGCCCCAGGGCCAAGAGCACCAGGGUGACUUCCAGCAUUCAGAGAGUCCUGUUUGUCACCUUUAUCAGCUCCACACAGAGGAGCUGCCUACUUAUGAGGAAGCAAAGGCACACUCACAGUAUCUUGCCUACCAGAGAGGACAGAUAGGGCUUCAUCAAGGCAGUCUGGAGAGCCCUGGAGGGGUUGGAGGAGCCGAACAGGACGACAGCAUGUGGGAUGCGAAACGAGAGCAUGCACGCUCACUAAGUGAGCGUCUUUUGCAACUCUCACUAGAGAGAAAUUGUGCCCAUGACAAUAUUCCCAUGAGCUCAUCGCAUAGUUAUCCCCAACUCUCUAAUAACCACUCUGAUACAGUUGUGAAUGAGCAGUCAGUUCAUCAGCCAGACCAACGGGGUCCUCCCCCGGAGUACCCCUUCAUGGUCAGAUCCCCUGGAUAUAUGCUUAGUCAUUCACAGGAACAUGGACACUAUUAUAAUGAGCCCCCUCCUGCCUUCCAUUCACAGCAUUACAGGUUAUUUCCAACACAGCCACAAGCACCUCGUCACAAUGGCCUGCCCACAUUGACCCCUGCUGGCCAGGAUGUCAAUGUUGGAGGAUACAGCAUCCCAGCGAACAACUUCCAAAUGGAGCAGCUUAUUAAAGAGAACGAAAGACUGAAAAGAGAAGUGGACAGCUACAGUGAGAAGGCGGCAAGGUUACAGAAGCUUGAACAGGAGAUUCAGAGGAUAUCGGAGGCCUAUGAGACUCUUAUGAAGGGAUCUGCAAAGAGAGAAGCCCUUGAGAAAACCAUGAGGAACAAGCUAGAGAGUGAGAUCAAGCGACUUCAUGACUUUAACAGAGAUCUCAGGGACCGCCUGGAAACAGCCAACAAACAGAGAGCAGCCAUUGAAGUUGAAGACAAGAGUCGGCAUGCCUUCGCCAAACUGGUUGAGCAAAAUGAGGACCAUCUUCGAGAGCGGGAACGUCUGGAAAAAGAGACACAGCAUCUAAGGGCCUCAGGAGAAGAAUGGAAGAGGCGUCGUGAAGCCUUGGAGCAAGCACUUAUCACAGCUCAGACACGAAAUAGGCAGCUGGAAGAAGAGUUACGUAGGAAGAGAGCUUAUGUGGAGAAGGUGGAAAGGAUGCAGAGUGCAUUGGCGCAAUUGCAGGCAGCAUGUGAGAAGAGGGAAGCACUGGAGUUACGACUUAGAACCAGACUGGAGCAGGAGCUGAAGAGUUUGAGAGCACAGCAGUGGCAGGCCCAAACCCAGCAUGCAAGCCCAGGGUCAUACUUGGACCUUAAUGUAUCAUCACUACAGCAGCAACUGAGGGAGAGAGAGGAGCAGGUUUUGGCCCUGGAGGCUGACAUCACCCGCUGGGAGCAGAAGUAUCUUGAGGAGAGCACAAUGCGUCAGUUUGCCAUGGAUGCUGCUGCUACUGCCGCAGCUCAGAGGGAUACCACAAUCAUCAACCAUUCACCCCGCAAUUCACCCAACAGCAGCUUCAAUGAGGAUUUGCCGUCCCCCAACCACAGGCAUCAGGAGAUGGAAAACCGGAUUCGGGCACUUUAUGCUCAACUCUUGGAGAAGGAUGCCAUUAUAAAGGUCAUGCAGCAGCGGUCAAGACGAGAGCAAGGCCGACCUGAGUUACAAGGCUUACGACCUGCUCGAUCUGUUCCCUCCAUCAACACCGUUGCCACAGCUAGCACCACCCGAGCCAAAGGGAAGAGCCUAUCAGAUGACCAGACAGCAGUCGCAUCUUUGCCCCCAUUGCCCCAUCUGCUUGCCAAAAUCCAGUGUCGAGACAGCAGCACACAGUGUGAUUCAGAAGAGCCCAGCUGUAAAGCAGAACCUGCUGAUGUUGCUGUAUCUGCUCCAGAACCUUCCACUGCUUCUAGCUCUGAAUCAACCUCUCUCAAGACAACCCAGAUCAGCAGUGCUGUCGAAAAUGACAUGGUGGAGAUCCUCAUCUGAGAUUAACAAUGUCCAGCAUGUUGCUGCCUGCUGCUCUUA